UAUUGCGCCAUGUCGUUCAUAUCAUAUUGUUCUGGCACCUGCCGCCCGAAACGAGACUAAAGAGUAUCCCUCGUUCGUUUGUGCGAUUUUAAUCAACUUCGCUAUGUCAACGAGAACGUCGUCCGUAUUGAUUCUCACUUUCUUCCUGCCAUUUGUGCUUUGUCAAACGGCAAUGGAUUUGGUGGUCGUGAUAGAGGAAUCCGAUUCGUCUAUUUUGAGUAUAUUAAACGAUGCGGUCCCAGAGGCAGAACGGAAUUUUGCUAACGAUAUUAUCACCGUUCACAUUUCCACCGUUACAGUAGAUCGCGAGAACGUAGACGCAAGUUUCGAGAAAGUCUGUGCCGUUCUAUAUAAAGGGAUAAGUAUCAUAUUGGAUAUGACGUGGACUGGUUGGGACAGGCUACGAAAUGUCGCGGACGAAAGAGGAAUAAUAUAUAAACGUGGCGACUGUAGUAUAAGUCCGUACAUUCAGGCGAUUGAUGAUCUUUUGAUUAUGAAAAACGCAACGGACGUCGGUUUGAUCUUUGAAGACGAAAGAGAACUAAAUCAGAGCCUUUAUUAUCUUAUCGGAAAUUCGAUAAUUAGACUGGUGGUCAUCGAUGAAUUGACAGAAAGAACUGUAAUGAAAAUACGAAGUAUGCGACCGUCACCAUCUUACUACGUUAUCUAUGCUAGUACAGCAAAAAUGGAUGAACUGUUUAAAACGGCCAUUGGAGGAGGACUCGUUAAAAGAGAGGGUAUUUGGAAUUUAGUAUUUACAGACAAUAAUUAUCAAGAUUCUCGAUAUAUUAAGGGUGAAGUCCAAUUAAACGUUUCAUUCACCGUUCUCACUAUGAAGACUGACAUUUGUUGUCGUUUAAUGGGCGACGCGUCCUGCACCUGCCCUGCAAAUUUUAAGAUAUUUCCAUAUUACUUCAAACGUUUGAUCGGCUUGAUUGUAAGUUUGAUGGUCGACGUUCAAAAGGAUGGUGCAAGCGUAGCUCCAAAAACAGGUCAGUGUGAUAAACCCGUUAAUGCCACUUCAGCUUCGAACGCUACAGUGGAGAGAUUCAACUCUUUUUUAAUGAAAAGGUUGGACAGCAACGACACUUUCGAAUAUUGGUCGGAGAAGUCGAUGAUCACUUACAAGGCGGAGAUCGAGUUACAAGUGGUCAAUCGCGGCUUUCCAGAUAUGCUCGCAACUUGGACGAGACGUACAAAAAUUAAAGAAGCCGACGGGAAGAAAAUAGAACCAGCCAGGCGAUUCUUCCGGAUUGGAACGGCACCGGCGGUUCCAUGGUCUGUAACUAAAAAGGACCCAGUGACCGGCCAAGAAAUACGUAAUGAGGACGGAAAGGCAAUCUGGGAAGGUUAUUGUAUAGAUUUUGUGCAAAAAUUAUCCGAGGAGAUGCAGUUCGAUUACGAUCUUGUUAUUCCCGAAGAUGCUGAGUUUGGGAAAAAAUUGCCUAAUGGUGAAUGGACCGGUCUGAUAGGUGAUCUGGCUAGAGGAGAAACUGAUAUUGCUGUAGCAGCAUUAACAAUGACAUCGGAACGAGAAGAAGUCAUCGAUUUCGUUGCACCCUAUUUCGAACAAUCCGGUAUACUAAUCGUAAUGAGAAAGCCAGUCCGUAAAGCAUCCUUAUUUAAAUUCAUGACGGUACUGAGGCUUGAAGUCUGGCUCAGUAUCGUGGGAGCGUUAACUUUGACGGGUAUUAUGAUUUGGAUAUUAGACAAAUAUUCACCAUACAGUGCAAGAAACAAUAAAAGACUUUACCCCUAUCCUUGUCGAGAAUUCACAUUGAAAGAGAGCUUUUGGUUCGCAUUGACAUCUUUUACGCCACAGGGUGGCGGCGAAGCUCCGAAAGCGUUAUCGAGCAGGACUCUGGUUGCAGCUUAUUGGCUAUUCGUAGUACUGAUGCUCGCGACUUUUACCGCAAAUUUAGCUGCUUUCCUUACUGUCGAAAGAAUGCAGUCACCUGUGCAAUCAUUGGAGCAAUUGGCAAGGCAAUCGCGCAUAAAUUAUACCGUUCUGGCUAAUUCUAGUGCUCAUCAGUAUUUCAGAAACAUGAAAAAUGCCGAGGAUAAGCUUUAUACAGUAUGGAAAGAAAUUACGCUAAAUAGCACCAGCGAUCAAGUCGAAUACCGUGUCUGGGAUUAUCCCAUAAAGGAACAAUAUGGUCAUAUUCUGCAAGCCAUUACUCAAGUCGGACCGGUCAAGACUACCGAAGAAGGUUUCAGGAAGGUGAUAGAAAGUGAAAAUGCCGAGUUUGCGUUCAUUCAUGAUUCGUCGGAGAUAAAGUACGAAGUAACAAGAAAUUGCAAUUUAACGGAAGUGGGCGAAGUGUUUGCCGAGCAACCGUACGCUAUUGCCGUGCAGCAAGGCAGUCAUUUGCAGGAGGAAAUAAGCAGAAAGAUACUCGAUUUACAGAAAGAUAGAUAUUUCGAGACAUUAGCAGCCAAGUAUUGGAAUCAGACUUUGAAAACCCUAUGUCCGAAUUCCGAUGACAAUGAGGGAAUUACGUUAGAGAGCUUGGGAGGAGUAUUUAUUGCGACCUUGUUUGGACUAGCAUUGGCGAUGCUCACGUUGGCCGGUGAGGUACUUUAUUAUCGUAAACGCGGCAUGUCUCAGAAAGGAAAGCAGAACGACAAAAGGACGAUUAAAGAGGUUGAGAACGACAAGAUCAUCAUGCAGAAAAUCGCAUCGAAACUUCGAAUGAAGCCCGCGCCUACUGACGCAGUUUUUAGCAAACAACUUGGUCAUCACACGCCGCGUGUUUCACACAUUUCUGUUUAUCCGCGACAUUUUCCUUUUAAAGAGUAAACCCGAAUUUUCAACGAUAAUCCUUCAAUCGUAUUACGGACUCGCAAAUCAAUUCUCGAUUAAUUCCUGUGUAUUUUUCAAAGUUUUUUCUCUUUUUCAAUCACUUUUAAUGUUUAGAAUUUAUCACAAAGGUCAAUAUGUAGAGUUUAAGGUGAAUUAAUCGCAUUAUGGUUGUGUAUUUGUGUAUUUGUCAAAAGUUAGUCUUGUUCGGACAAUAUUGUUUUGUUAUAAGAGCAUUAUUAAUUAAUAAAAUAUUGUGCAAAAUUAAAA